CGCCCGCCUGGGUCCUGCGCUCGGGGCUGCGCGCGGCGGGCGCGGAGGGAAGUCCCGAGACAAAGGAGCGCCGCCGCCUCUGCCGCCGCGACGCGCCGGGCCGCGGCCGCCCAGGGACUUUGAAUAUGUCGGGGAUCGCCCUCAGCAGACUCGCCCAGGAGAGAAAGGCUUGGAGAAAAGACCACCCAUUUGGCUUUGUGGCUGUCCCAACAAAGAAUCCCGACGGCACGAUGAACCUGAUGAACUGGGAGUGUGCCAUCCCUGGAAAGAAGGGGACUCCAUGGGAAGGAGGCUUGUUCAAACUGCGGAUGCUUUUCAAAGAUGAUUAUCCAUCCUCACCACCGAAAUGUAAAUUUGAGCCACCACUAUUUCACCCAAAUGUAUACCCUUCGGGUACAGUGUGCCUGUCCAUCCUGGAGGAAGACAAAGACUGGAGGCCGGCCAUCACGAUCAAACAGAUCUUAUUAGGAAUACAGGAACUUCUAAAUGAACCAAAUAUCCAAGACCCAGCUCAAGCAGAGGCCUACACGAUUUACUGCCAAAACAGAGUGGAAUAUGAGAAAAGGGUUCGAGCACAAGCCAAGAAGUUUGCGCCCUCAUAAGCAGCAACCCUGUGGCACCGUAAAAAGGAAGGGAUUGGUUUGGCAAGAACUUGUUUACAACCUUUUGCAAAUCUAAGUCGCUCCGUACAAUUACUAGUCGCCUGGGAGGGUUGGGCGGGCGCCAUUUUCCAUUUCCACCACUGGCACACAGUUCUCGAUUCGCUGAAUUGCCCCAGUUUUUCAUACAGGGUCUCUUCCUUCAGUCUUUUGUAUUUUUGAUUGUUAUGUAAAACUUGCUUUUAUUUUAAUAUUGAUGUCAGUAUUUCAACUGCUGUAAAAUGAUAAACUUUUAUACUUGGAUAAGCCCCUAGGAGCUAGUUCCUUCCUCUCGGAUGCAGGCAUGCUUCACACCAUUCAGUGCUCUCUGUAGCCUCUAGCUGGCUGUAUGAAAAACGAUCACACUCGCCCUUCCCUCCCCACCUUAAUUCGUUCUCUUCAAAACCUGGGCUGUUGCUAUGAGCCUCAGAUCCAAAGUCAGCCAGCGUCUCCAUUCUGCACCACUUCCUUUGUGUUUAUAUGGCGUUUUGUCUGUGUUGCUGUUUAGAGUAAAUAAACUGUUUAUAUAAA